ACUUCUAAAAGCAGACGCUAUAGCUAUGUGGCGGAUUCCGUUGCUUGUGGUGCUCGCCACUCUCAACGUCGUGCAGUGCGAUCAUCACCUCUGCCCUAGCGGAUACAAUCGUGGGCAAUAUCUCGAUGCAUCGACACAGAAGUAUCUUCUCUGCUGGAAGGUGGAUUGGUCUGACAGGUCGAUCACGUUCUCAGCCAAAGUCGCCACGACAGGAUGGAUAGGGCUCGGUUUCUCACCAACAGGCUUCAUGCCCAACUCCGAUGUGGUCAUCGGAUGGGUGAAAAACGGUCAAGGAUACUUGAAGGAUCGAUUUGCAACUGCGAGGUCACAGCCGCCAAUUGACGACAUUCAAAACGUCAGACUGUUGUCGUUCAGUCAAGCAGACGGAAUGACGACGUUGGAAUUCAAACGAGACCUCGAGGCGUGCGAGCCGAAGGACAGAAGCAUUGAGGAGGGAACCACUCGAGUCAUCUUUUCAUACAACCCUAACGAUCCCGCAUCAGAAACGGCAGUAGACAAGCACACAUUUGCUGGGAGAAUCAGUGUCAACCUACUGAGCGGAACCGGCAACGUAGAACCGGCGCCUCUAGAACAGGACCACAAGACUUUCGACGUUCUGAAUCACAAUGUAUCUGUGCCUGCCGAGCCCACGACCUACUGGUGCACUCCAUACAAGCUGCCUCAACUGCAGAACGAAGCUCAUAUAAUAAGAUUUGAACCAGUAGUGCAAGCAAAUCACGAGGAACUAGUACAUCACAUCUUAAUUUACACGUGCUUUGAUGUCAUCGCUCCUUACCUCAACAUUUCAUGGGAUUGCGACAAUCCACCUGAUUUCUUACCGGAUCUGGUUCAGGCAUGCCGUGGAACGGCACAAAUUGCAGCAUGGGCCGUUGGAGGCGCAGGUAUUUCUUUCCCGUCGCAAGUGGGACUUCCCAUGAGCGGUCAGACCGGUGCCCAAUACGUUAUGAUGGAAACUCAUUACAACAACGAGAAAAUCAGAGCAGACUACGUGGACAGCUCUGGAAUACGAGUAUAUUACACUCCGACCAAACGGCAAUACGACGGUGCAGUUGUAGAAUUUGGUCACACAGUAUCUGCUAAUCUCUUCCUACCGCCUGGUAAAGAUGACAUCAUCACAAAAACUUUAUGCCCUGCAGACUGCACCAAAGCGGGACUUCCUGCAACUGGAGUAAAUGUAUUUGGUACAAUGCUGCAUUCGCAUACUGUCGGCAAAGGAAUUUGGAUCGAGCAUAGUCGCAAUGGCGUCCAACUUCCCGAUAUUGACAGCAACUACGAUUACGACUUCAACUUUCAGGAUGUGGUGCUGCUGAGAAACGAAGUCAAAAUUUUACCUGGAGACGACAUUCAGGUGUUUUGCGACUACGACACAUCAGCUAGAAAGCAAGUGACCAUCGGUGGAGAAGGCACCUUGGACGAGAUGUGUCUCGCUUUCCUUUUAGUGUAUCCUCGACCGCAACUUUCUGUCUGCCUGAGCCAAAUUGAUAGUUCGCAGUUUAUCAGUUAUAUUAUCCAGGCUGCAAUGUAAGAUCUAAGACCUAUAACUAGCUUUUGCCUUCUAGAUAA